GUAUUCUUCCAAUAGAGUUCUUAUACAACUUGAUCCGACGGAUAUAAUCCUCUCUCAUUCCCUCCAAAUCAUAUUCUCCCUUAUCAAACACCUUUUUUCCAUCACCGGAAUCCUCGUAUCUCCGCCGUUCACUCACGGCGUAUCCUCCAUAUCGUCAAUGGCGGAUUCGGAUAACGAAUCAGGCGGAGGACACAACGGAGAUCACUCGUUAAGGGAGCAAGAUAGGUUUCUUCCAAUAGCAAAUGUGAGCAGGAUCAUGAAAAAGGCACUACCUGCAAAUGCUAAAAUAUCAAAAGAUGCAAAGGAGACGGUUCAAGAGUGUGUAUCGGAGUUCAUUAGUUUUAUUACUGGUGAGGCGUCCGAUAAGUGCCAACGUGAGAAGCGGAAAACAAUAAAUGGAGAUGAUUUGUUGUGGGCGAUGACGACGUUAGGGUUUGAGGAUUAUGGUGAGCCGUUAAAAGUGUAUUUACAAAGGUUUAGGGAUAUGGAAGGCGAGAAAACUGCCCUGGCGGGUGCCGGACGCCCAUCAGGCACCAAUGAGGGCAGCGUUGUAAAUGUAGGGAAUAAAGGUGGGGGUUUUCAUGAACACGCUAAUAAUAAUAACAAUGAUGGUAAUGGUGGAAACGUGUAUGGGAAUAUGGUGGGACAAGGUGGAUAUGGGUCGGGUCCAGGUGGGUAUUAUCAGAUGGGUCAAAACUCGAAUGGCAAUAUGGGUUCGGUUUAUCCUGGACCUGGUUCGUUAAAUGGAAAGCCAGGAUAGAUUGAUAUAAAUACAACUUUCGUUACAUAUAUCAUAUAUGUAUGUAUAUAAACCGUCUCAAACAUUGUUACAUAUGCCUAAAUUAGUAUAGGGUUUAGGUAAUUGAAGACACAGGUGAUUUAGGUACGGUUUUUAUGUAUUUGUUAUUGUUGAAUCAUUUUUAUUAGGAAUUUAGAUCUUCCUUUGAUGUGUAACCAGAAUUAGAUUUGGUUGGUAUAGUUUGGUUUAAUUUGGGAUAUAGCCAAAGCGAUGCUGGUAUUAUAUAAAAUUCUAGUACUUUAAAUAUAUUAUCAUCUCCAUUUUGUUUC